UGUUCAUUUAGAUUUAAUCUAUGCUCAAUGCAUACACCACAACACCUAUAGAAAAAAACAAAAAAACCAUACAGUUUCUUCCCCUAUUAAAGUCUUAUUUUUGGUUUUUGGCCAUGGAUGUUGAACUUAAACAACACAAAGAAUCUGAAUUCAAAGACUCUACUGAUGUACAAUACAGAGUAGCAGUAGCUGUAACAGUUACUACAGUGAGUUAAACUCAAAUGAUAAUGGGUUGUUGAAGGGGGGGAAAAAGAAAAAGAAAACAAUAGAAAAUUGUGUAGAUGUGAGAGAGAGAGAUGAAAAGUGGACAAGGGACAGCAGAAAAGCAAGAAAAUUUAGGGGAAAAGUUGAAGAAAAUAGGGAAAAGAGGGGGACACACUACACCAGUAAUACCCUUUUUGAGGCUCCAACAUAAUCAUCAACAAAGUGUUGUUGUUGUUCAAGAAAGUGAUAGUAUUAAAGAAAACCCUUUUCAGAAUUCUUGUGUUUCUGCUAGAAAACUUGCUGCAAUUCUUUGGGAGCUUCAUCAAUACAAGAUACCUUUUUCUGAAAUGCAUCAUGUUAAUGGUAAUAAUGUUACAUCUUCAAGAAUCCGCCGUCUUCAGCCUUAUCGCCACCAUAGACACCAUAUUUAUGAGGAUAGUAGGGUUCUUGAACAUCCUGAUCCUUCACCAAGUUCACCUGACCUGCCAGGAAGUGCUGGCAGUUUGAGGCGGCAUGUUGCUGCAUCGUUGAUGCAACAUCAUCGAUUGAUUGAAAGGACCAAUCAUGCGAUUCAACCUGUAUCUCCUGCAAGCUAUGGCAGUUCAAUGGAGAUUGCACCUUACAACGCUGCAGUUACACCGUCUAGUUCUAUAGACUUGAAAGGGAGGAUUGGAGAGACAGGCUACAGCCUCAAAACAUCUACAGAACUUCUAAAAGUGCUGAAUAGAAUCUGGGGCCUGGAAGAGCAGCAUGCGUCAAACAUGUCACUCGUGAAAGCAUUAAAGAAAGAACUAGAUCAUGCUCGUGUGCGGAUCAAGGAGCUGGUGCGAGAUCAGCAAGUAGAUAGACAUGAAAUAGAUGAAUUGAUGAAGCAGAUAACAGAGGAUAAAGUGGUAAGGAAAAGUAAGGAGCAAGAUCGAAUUAGUGCUGCGGUUCAGACUGUCAGAGAUGAACUGGAAGAUGAAAGAAAGCUAAGAAAACGCUCAGAGAGCUUGCAUAGGAGACUGGCCAGGGAGCUGUAUGAGGUGAAAACAUCUCUUGCCAAUGCUUCAAAAGAGUGGGACAAAGAGAAGAAGUCUCGACAACUUCUUGAAGACCUUUGUGAUGAGUUCGCUUGGGGAAUAAGACAUUAUGAACAGGAGUUGCAUUCUGUAAGACAUAAAUCUGACAAAGAUUGGACUGAAAGGACUAAUAGUGAUAAACUAAUUCUGCACAUUUCCGAAGCAUGGAUUGAUGAACGGAUGCAGACAAAAAUGGAACCUCAAUAUGGUCAAGGUGAAAAAAGCUCAAUCAUAGAAAAAUUCAGGUCUGAAAUAGAGACAUUCCUUAAAACUAAACAAACCGGUAUUAGGAAUAAUGUUAACUUAGGGGAUACCACCUACCGACGAGGUUCUCUGGAUUCUAUCCCUCUUAAUGUUGCUGGCAGCGCUCCUCAAGACGAGGGCGAUGAAGAAGAUUCUGUUAGCAGUGACUCGCAUUGUUUUGAGUUGCAAAAACCAAGUGCUUCUGACUUGAGAUCCCGCGAGAAUGGUGCCAAGGAAAAGAGUGCUGAAGAAACCAUAAGGCCUAAUUACAUAUUGAGGAAACCUGCAUUACACGAAAGAUCAAAGAGUAGCAGCAUGUCCAAUUUACAGGUGAAGUUUGAAGAACAGAUGAACCGGGCUGCAUUACCAAGUGAAAGCAGGAACAAGUUUGACGAGAAUGAUCUGGGAGAAACUAGUGAAAAGAACCAAGUUGAAAUAAGCACUUCGAACAAGUUUGAGAUAUGUGAAGUAACAGAAGAAGGUAGUUCUGGGAAAAAGAACAAAGCUGAUGGAACUCCUGGAGUUAACUCAAACUAUAUGAUUGAUGAGUUAAUUAGAAGCCAUUAUUUAUUGUCAGAAAGUGGAAACAUGCCACCUGAAAAUGAUUAUGAGUUAACUUCUUAUACUACUUCUGUUAGAAGGGCUCAAGCUAGUCCGGUCAGACAAUGGACGGAGAAGCUUCCCUCACACGAGAACAUCUCCGAGUCAUCAACUAAAAUGCCACCAGAUUUAAAGGAGAACACUUUGAAGGCCAAGUUAAUGGAAGCAAGAACAAGAGGUCAACGUUCACGAUCACGAUUGAAAGGUACCAAGAUCUCCCUCUAGUUAUACAAUCAAAUGUUUUGGUAACUUGAAACAUUUUAUUGCAUGCCACAAGGAUCCGUUCUAUGUGAAUAUUUUAAUUCGUUCCUAAUAACCACGAGAUGAUACACACAUAUUUGGACCUCUCUUCUUGCUUUACAUAAAGAGUCAUUGUAUAAAACGAGACGAAUCAAGUGGAUCCUUUUAUAAUGAUGGACGAGAUGGCAAGUUCAAACACAACAGAAGAUCCGUCAGUGCUAUGUUCGAGUGCCUCUGCAGAUCUAGAUGAUAAAUGUUACAUUAGCUGCAAAUCAUGUACAUUUCUCAGAAGGGUACUACAAUGGGCCUUUGAUCUUUGGAUGAUUUUUAUACCUUAAAUGUUUCAUUCAGCUUUCAGUACAUUCAUGCAGAGACAGUUACAUGAGAAAUUUGCUUCUAAAUUACAUAGGAUUCUUGUUCUGGUGUUUUUUUUUGUUUUGUUGGGGGUUGGGGGGGGAUCCAUAUAUAAUUGGUGUUGUUCUUUUCAUAUAAGUCUGCAACAACUGUGCAUAGGGUAUAUUAAGUACAACUUCAUAAUCAAACAAAUUUUGGUA